CUCCCGAAGCUGCAAGAGGACGAAAAGAGCGGCAUUCGUUCUCAGUAGUAUGUCGAUUCUAUCGGGCUACACAUCCACUUCUGAGCCCGAAUGUAGUUUAUCUAGAAUAACAAGUGGAAUAUUCUUCAGUUGAUUUACCCACGAAGUUCGGGGGGCGUUUUAUUUGGUGUCCUGGACGUUGACCAAUCAGACAGCUGCAUGUGGAAGGUCUCAGCCAAUGAUGGAGGCCUGGCCAGCAGCCUGGGUCCUACUUUUAACGCUAAUCGCUGAUUGGCUGGAAGCGGCUCAAUCACGGGACUUCACUGUGAAGGACAUCAUCCUCCUCCAUCCAUCAACCACACCUCAUCCUGGAGGGUUCAAGUGCUUCACAUGUAAAGAUGCACCAGAUAACUACGAAUGCAAUCGCUGGGCUCCGGACGUAUACUGCCCACGAGAGACCAGGUACUGCUACACCCUCCAUGUGAUGGACGUCCAGGGGAACACUGUGUCUGUGACCAAACGCUGCGUGGCCCUGGUCCACUGUCUGUCUACAGGCUGCACCCAGGACAACCAUGAAGGAUACAAGGUCUGCACUGCUUGCUGUGAAGGAAACAUCUGUAACAUGCAGUUGCCAAGAAACAAGACGGAUGCCAUCUUUUCCACCACCUCCCUCCUCCACAGCAGUAACGGUCUACUCACACACUACUGGCUGCUCACUGGCUGUCUGAGCUCUACCGUCAUCAGCGUCAUGCUAUCUAACAGUCUAUGACAUUAACACUCCUACCGUCAUCAGCGUUAUGCUAUCUAACACUCCUACCGUCAUCAGCGUCAUGCUAUCCAACAGUCUAUGACAUUAACACUCCUACCGUCAUCAGCGUUAUGCUAUCUAACACUCCUACCGUCAUCAGCGUCAUGCUAUCCAACAGUCUAUGACAUUAACACUCCUACCGUCAUCAGCGUCAUGCUAUCUAACACUCCUACCGUCAUCAGCGUCAUGCUAUCCAACAGUCUAUGACAUUAACACUCCUACCGUCAUCAGCGUCAUGCUAUCUAACACUCCUACCGUCAUCAGCGUCAUGCUAUCCAACAGUCUAUGACAUCUAACACUCCUACCGUCAUCAGCGUCAUGCUAUCUAACAGUCUAUGACAUCUAACACUCCUACCGUCAUCAGCGUUAUGCUAUCUAACACUCCUACCGUCAUCAGCGUCAUGCUAUCCAACAGUCUAUGACAUUAACACUCCUACCGUCAUCAGCGUCAUGCUAUCUAACAGUCUAUGACAUUAACACUCCUACCGUCAUCAGCGUCAUGCUAUCCAACACUCCUACCGUCAUCAGCGUCAUGCUAUCCAACAGUCUAUGACAUCUAACACUCCUACCGUCAUCAGCGUCAUGCUAUCUAACAGUCUAUGACAUCUAACUCUCCUACCGUCAUCAGCGUCAUGCUAUCUAACAGUCUAUGACAUCUAACACUCCUACCGUCAUCAGCGUCAUGCUAUCCAACAGUCUAUGACAUCUAACACUCCUACCGUCAUCAGCGUCAUGCUAUCUAACAGUCUAUGACAUCUAACACUCCUACCGUCAUCAGCGUCAUGCUAUCCAACAGUCUAUGACAUCUAACACUCCUUCUGCAUGGUAGAGGAAGUAUAUCUAAAAUUUGAUCACCAGAUAUUUGGUGUUAUAAUUUUAUGAAGUUGUUUAAUUUAUUACAUUUUUCCUCUUUUUUUAACCGAGACGGUAUUGAUGGAAUCUUCUAGAUUUUGGCUCAUCCUAAGACGUUCUCCUGUUAUAUUUACUGGAUUCUAUGUGCAGUAUGUGAUAAAUGUACAUAGUAUUUAUUUUGUAUAAUACAUUUAACAAUUGUUAAAUACCUGUAGUUAACAUUAGAUUCAGGUAGAAUGAAACGUGAACUAGGUUGCAGUGCAGUGUUUUUGUUCCUGGAGUCUUGUGGUUGGUUGAUUUAGGCUGUGUGCCCACCAUACACAUGAGACUGAUGACUGAUCAUUUCCUCUCAACCCAUUGGCUAUCUGGCGCUGGAAGAUAUGACGUCAACCAUAACACUACAAUGUUGCAACAUGUUUCUGUAUUUCUUACAGUUCUGUCCAAUAGAAAGGUUGGCACUUAUUGAUUAGCAUGUUGUCUUUAGGAUGAUGGUCUAAACAUCCUGUACAGAUCCCAUAUACCAGGUUUGGUAUACAGUGUUCACCAUUAAAUGUAUUACAGCAGGUUUGGUAUACAUUGUUCACCAUUAAAAGUAUUACACCAGGUUUGGUAUACAUUGUUCACCAUUAAAUGUAUUACACCAGGUUUGGUAUACAUUGUGUUCACCAUUAAAUGUAUUACACCAGGUUUGGUAUACAUUGUGUUCACCAUUAAAUGUAUUACACCAGGUUUGGUAUACAUUGUUCACCAUUAAAUGUAUUACACCAGG